AUGAAGCUGACCUCUGUUUUCACGGCCGUCUUUGCCACCUUGGCAGUCGGUUCACCUCUCGAGACUCGCGAUGCGCACAUUAAGCGUCAGGCCUCUGAGGCCUGCAACGUUGGGUACUGUACUCAAAACGGAGGAACUACUGGUGGUGUCAAGGGUCAAACUGUCACUGUGACCACUCUCGCCGCUCUCCAGGAAGCCGCCACGCGAACUGGACCUCUCACUAUCAUUGUUUCUGGCAAGUUGACUGGUAGUGAUCGCGUGCGUCCUGCGUCUGACAAGACUAUCAUCGGUGCGGCCGGCAGCUCUCUCACGGGCAUCGGAUUCUACGUUCGUCGCCAGAAGAACGUUAUUCUCCGAAACCUCAAGAUUGCCAAAGUUGAUGCUUCCAACGGCGAUGCUAUCGGUAUCGAUGAGUCGACCAAUGUCUGGGUUGACCACUGUGACCUGUCCGGUGAUUUGAGCGCUGGUAAGGAUGACCUUGACGGUCUUCUUGACAUCUCACACGGUGCUGAUUGGGUCACUGUAUCCAACACUUACUUCCACGACCACUGGAAGGGCUCGCUCAUCGGCCAUUCUGAUAACAAUGCUUCCGAGGAUAAGGGCAAGCUCCACAUCACCUAUGCCAACAACUACUGGAAGAACGUCAACAGCCGUCAGCCUCUGAUCCGCUUCGCUACUGUUCACCUCGUCAACAACUACUGGGACCAGAUUCUCCUCUCCGGUGUUAACACUCGCAUGGGUGCUCAAGUCCUGGUUCAGAGCUCUGCCUUUGCCAACUCUGUCGAGCGAGCCAUCUUCUUCGCUGAUUCCAAGGAGACUGGCUACGCUGUUGUUGAUGAUGUUGAUCUUGGUGGCUCUGUCAACUCUGCUCCCAAGGGUACACUUACUGCUGCUUCUUUGCCUUACAAGGUUACUCUUCUCGGGUCUAAGAAGGUUGCUUCUGUUAUUCCCGGCACUGCUGGCCAGAAGCUGUAA